AUGUCCACCUUAACCCUCUAUCUUUCGCCAAAUUUACAGACCCACCUAACACACUUUAAGCAAAACAAGAGGGCAGUCGCCGUAAUUUUAACAGGACAACAUUUUACACCCGAUUUUCGUCGUCACACAGUCCUCUGCUGACUGUGACUUUCUCUGCCGUCGCGCUACACACCAUGAACUCUGCAAUCCGCAGUUCUUAUCUCACUCUUUCUCGAGACCGUAACGUUCCGAUACCCGAAACGCCGAAGCUCCAACCUUUUCCGCGUUUCUUCGACUCGACGAACCGAAACAACCGAUUCCGAGACGUUUCUUCCGGUAGCUCGCUGCUGAGAACUCGACUUCGGCAUGACUCGGCUGAGUUCCGCACCGCUUUCUCGCACCGAGUUGGGGUUUCCUCCAAAAACGCUCAGUUUGGUUCGUUUCCGGACGAGAACGAAGCUCAGGCGCCGAGUUUCGCUGAGUUCAUCACCUCCGAGAGGGUCAAAGUGGUGGCGAUGCUUGCUUUGGCUUUGGCUCUCUGUAACGCAGACCGGGUUGUGAUGUCGGUGGCGAUUGUACCGUUAUCGCUUUCUAACGGUUGGAGCCGAUCGUUUGCUGGUAUUGUUCAGUCAUCUUUCCUUUGGGGGUACCUCAUAUCUCCCAUAGCUGGAGGUACUCUUGUGGACUAUUAUGGUGGUAAGGUAGUCAUGGCCUGGGGAGUGGCUUUGUGGUCUUUAGCUACCUUUCUGACACCAUGGGCUGCAGAGACUUCUCUGUGGGCUCUCCUUGCUAUGAGAGCUCUCCUCGGCAUUGCAGAAGGAGUGGCUCUUCCUUGCAUGAACAACAUGGUAGCAAGAUGGUUUCCUCAAACUGAACGGGCCAGGGCUGUUGGAAUUGCUAUGGCUGGAUUUCAGCUUGGAAGUUCAGUAGGACUCAUGCUUUCUCCAAUCCUCAUGUCACAAGGUGGUAUAUUCGGACCAUUUGUGAUUUUUGGUUUAUCUGGGUUUCUUUGGGUUUUGGUAUGGUUAUCUGCAACAUCAAGUACUCCUGACCGAAAUCCUCAGAUAUCAAAGUAUGAAUUGGAGUACAUAUUGAACGAGCGGAAGAAUUCCUUGGUAGAGAAUAAACCUAAGACAACCAAAGUGAUCCCUCCUUUCAGGCGCUUGCUUUCUAAACUGCCAACCUGGUCCCUAAUAAUCGCAAAUGCCAUGCAUAGCUGGGGUUUUUUCAUUUUUCUUUCCUGGAUGCCCAUUUACUUCAACUCAGUGUAUCAUGUUGACCUCAGACAAGCCGCUUGGUUUAGUGCUGUUCCAUGGACUGUCAUGGCAAUCAUGGGAUAUAUUGGUGGGUUGUGGUCAGACAUAAUGAUACGGAAUGGCAUGAGUGUCACUUUAACUCGAAAGAUCAUGCAGUCAAUCGGUUUCCUUGGUCCUGGGAUAGCUCUUGUGGGUUUAACUACAGCAAAAAGUCCAGCAGUUGCAUCUGCUUGGCUUACUUUAGCAGUAGGGCUGAAAUCUUUUAGUCACUCUGGUUUUCUUGUGAAUCUUCAGGAGAUCGCUCCACAAUACUCUGGUGUUUUACAUGGAAUUUCAAAUACUGCUGGAACAUUCGCUGCCAUUUUGGGAACCGUUGGAGCUGGUUUCUUUGUUGAACUUGUGGGUUCUUUCCAGGGAUUUCUGUUGUUUACAUCACUCUUAUAUGUUCUUGCUGCCCUUUUCUACGACGUAUUUUCUACUGGAGAGAGAGUAAAUUUUGAUGAACCUACUAAUGAAUGAUAUUCUAAGACUGCUGGUGGUGGCAACAUCAUAUCGCGUGUCGAUGAUAAUGGUUAUGCUUGUUCAACUGUGACUAAUGGAGCAGACUUAUGGAAUUGGACAGAAUGUGGGAAGGCAGACUUGAGGAAUGGUACAGAAAGUCGGAAGCCAUCCUCUGUAAUCGAUAAAUAACCUUUUUGUCCUUUGUAUGAAUCCAAAAUGUGUACAGUGGAUUUUUUUUAGUGUUCCUCUUCCUCAUGCAUCAACAGUUUGUUUCAGGUGCACAUGGGGAUUCUGUUUACCAAAUUUUGUAAAAGAUAUGUAUAAAUGUGUUUCAGGGGUAUGAUGCUGGAUUCACUCUUC